UGCAAGCCACUGAUGCAGACCUUUGGAACAUUUACAUGUUAAAAAGUAUAAUAAAUCCAUGUAAUAUAGCCUACACCUUCACAGAAAUCCAUUAUUUAUUUUAGACAGGUCUAAAGAAACAUGAUAUGAAGAAAAUGUAGUCUAUUUCAGAAGAACAGAAUAGCAUACUCUGAGUUGUCCUUAUGUUAGGUCCUGAUCAGGCUAUGCCAUACGGCUGUGGGCUACACUAGUUAAUUUAGCACAUGCGGCUAUUCUGUGUUGAGCGGUUAACAAAGAAAUAGGUACUCCUAUAUGCUUCAUUUAGAUUAAUUAAUGUAACUUUAGUUGUUCUACAAAUGUCAGGCAAUAUGUUUAGAUUUUUAAUACAUUGUAAGGCUGCAUGAUGCGACUCUAAUGAUGAUUAGAAAAAAGUCGCUUGAAAGGCAUGAGCUCUGCUUUGUUUUUUGCGCAGGCUCAACACAAUUCAUCAGUCUCUCAUUCACAAUUUCACAAGCACUUGAUAAUUCCUCGAAAUACCCGGCAGCAUCCCCUUUGUUUGGCCGUAAUGCACCCUAAAAAAAUCCAUGCCUUUUGCGGCCAGUGGCCGUUUUGCCCUUGGGCUAAAUAUAAUAAUUAUAAUUCCCUUCUCCCUAAGUGCUGCAUGCUCCGAAGCACCUCUCACUCACAUGGCUUUCCUUCAUGUGAUCGGGUCUUUAUCACAGGCUACAAGUGAAUGACAGACACAUUGGGGACGCAACUGCGCGCGUCCUUAUCCAAUUCCGAGGUGCAUAUUGAAGAUAUGGGAAGAACUGUCCACAUUUACUUUUCGUUAGCCAACAAGAUGAGUAGGCCUAACGAACAGCAAAAGCACUAGCCUAUGUCAAUCUACUAUCCCCCAUAGUACAAAAGUUGACCUAUUCUAUCCUGUGCGAUAAAUAAAUAUUCCAAACAUAGUCUGGGACAGUUGUGGGAUGCGAUAGAUCCCAAAUUAUUAAUAUAACAACUGGGGGGGGGGGGGGGGGGGGGGGGGGGGGGGGCACAGUUUGGAACCACCUUGGGAACCACUGUACUAGGGGCAGGGGAAAAAAUGUAAUAUAUGCACUUAAAUAGCGAAUGGAGGACGCCUUUCCUGUGGUUCAUUUUCAUGCCAGCCAGGUAGGCUAUACUCCUGUUGUAAAGAUAAGCAAUGUGCUUAAUAUUAGGAAAGUUGAUAAAUAAAUAUAGUAGGCCUAGCCUAUAGAAAGCUGAUGGGAUCCUCCUCUUUUUAAUAGAGGCCAUCACUCUGUUUUCUUGCGCAAUUGCAUAGCCUAUAAAAUGUUGUGCCACAUGAGCUGAUGCGCUCUCUUGAAGUGUUUGAUUAGAUUUUCGAUAACAGUUGCAUUGAUGUCUGAGUGAUUAGAGGGACAAUAUAGUGCUGAGUACCAGGCAGUUAGCAAGUUUGGUAGGCUACUAAUGACCAUCAGCAGCAUUAGCGCUUGGAGAAGCCUAAUUACCGUGACUAAAUGGUCACGUGGAAUUUGACUUCCUUCGUGACUCGUGACUAUCGGUGUGGCGGUAAUACGGUCACCAAAACAGCCCUAGUCAUGAGCAGUGCUUGUGCCCAUAGAAAUAGACAUGGCACAUGUGCGCGGGGGGGGGGGGGGGGGGGGGGGGAUGUUCCCCCAUGCUGGACGGGGGUCCCCGAGUUAAAAUAAUUGGGAUCACCUGGUCUAGUAAACCAUGGGAGUACCACUAGUAUAUCUCUGGUUCCUUACCUUAGUCACUCACACUGAGAGUCUCUGAAUCUGAAACAUUGCGUGAUAAAACACACUCAGAACUAUAAUGAGAGAAAACUCUCUCACUUUAAAACCGUUUCCAUGUAGCUCCUACGUGCUUUUUUAAUACCCAAGCAACUCCGAUCAAACAAAAGGUUGUUUUAAAGUAGCAAGUUGGUGAGAAAGUAAUUUGCGGUGAGAAACCACCAAGGUUCUGAUAUGCCUCUCUCUCUCGCUCUCGCUCUCUCGCUCUCUCACUCUCUCAGAGUGACAUAACCCUUAACUUUGUGUUUAAAUAAAAUAUGUGCUACUACAUAUGGGAGAGGCAUCUGUCCUGGCAUUGGGUACUGACAGGCUGGAGAGAACAUUGUGCCUGGUUCCUGGCUGCUAGCUAACUCUCAUCACAUUAAUGGAUAAUGAACCAUGAUGCUAGCUAGUAUAGCUACCAACUCUGUGGUAUCUCAUUGGAGUCUACACUCCUAAAAGGGUUCUUCAUCUGUCCCCAUGUGAGAGCCCUUUUGGGUUCCAGGUAGAACCUAUUCACGAAGAACCGUUUUGGAAUUUCUAAGAGCGUAUAUUGUCUACUAUUCCGUGGUACUGUAUGGUAGUAUAGACAUUGGAACAAGUGGUUAUGUUACCGUGGCAAUACUGACACACCACCUGUAGUAGAAUGUAUGGCCAAUAUGUUAUUUAAUUGUAAGAAGUAUGGUAGUGUAUGUUUCUAGGAGUUCAUUCAUAGCUCAGGGAGAGGACAUGGGGGGAAAAGGUGGGUUAACAAAGUAAUGUUUAAAAGUGUUGUUGAACUUUUUCUGUUACUGUAGUGUAGUCUACUGCAUGCUGUUUGUUGUUGGCGCAGCAGUACUGAAUCAAACACUGCAAUCAGUUGACAUCUUCUGCAAAUGCAUUGGAGAUUUCUGCAUUGAUUGUAGAUAUGAAGCUCAUAAUGGAAUUGGUUCUCGGCCAGGCAUUGAAAAUGCUAUUGUUCUGCGCAUCUCUGCUAUUCUAUAUGUAAGAUAUGGCAUCUCAUUUUGACAGGUUUUACCAAUGCGGAAAUAUCAAUGUUCACCUGAAGAUUGCCUGCUGAAUGAAAGUGGUUGAUACAGGUUAAUAAAGGCCUGUUUGUUGUACGUGUUUGAGGUCAACUACAUUGCAGUCAGAUCACUUUUUCUCCCAAAUAACUACUCGUUAUUAUGUGAUCAGGAUGAAUGAUUCUUCGUCCUGCUGCAUGUUGCUUUUCCAGGUUGCCUGUAGCAAGAAAGUUGUUGAUAUAUUUUAAUAAAUGUAUUUUUCUUCUUCCCUCUCCUUCCAGACGGAAGGCAAGGUGGGCGUGACGUUCAACAUUGGCACGGUGGACAUCAGUGUGAAGGAGUUAACCACUGCGAUCAAUGACGGCAAAUACCACCUGGUGCGAUUCACAAGGAAUGGGGGAAACGCCACCCUGCAGGUGGACAACUGGCCAAUCAACGAACACUUCCCCACAGGUACCAACCAAUAUCCCCAUCUGGCGUCUCAAACACUAACCUUUGACCUAGGACCUUUGAGCUGUUAACUUGUGUUAAUGAACAAGAGUUGGUCCCAAUUCAUUCCCUUGCCCUCUUCAAUGGUGACUCUUUGAUGUUCUCAGAUCUGAAGACCUCUGUUAGACCCACUGGACAUCACCUGUUUACAAAGGUCAACUGACAAGGCUGUUUGGUCAGAAUAUCAGUAGUAGUGGAUGAGUACAGCCCAUGCGUGGUUCUUUCCCUCAGUGGGAUGAAGGACACUAUUAUGCUACCAAGCAUUCCUAUUUACUGAAGUGAGAACAGAUGUGAACUGGUGAUAUGAUGCUCUGCCCCUUGCUCCAGUCUAUUCCCCCAGUCUUAAAGGGUAUAUGCUAGAGCUGGGAAUUGCCAGGGACCUCACGAUACGAUAUUAUCAAGAUACUUAGGUGCCGAUAAGAUAUUUAUUGCGAUUUUCACGAUUCUACAGCAUAUGUACCGUGAUUCGAUACUGUGAUGUUAUUGCGAUUUAUGUUCCAAACAUAUUGCUCUCCAUAUACAGUGCUUUCAGAAAAUAUUCAUACCCCUUGACUUAUUCCACAUUUUAUUGCAAUACAGCCUGAAUUCAAAAAUGAUUAAAUAUAUGUUUUUUCUCACCUAUCUGCACACAAUACCCCAUAAUGACAAAGUGAAAACAGUUUUUUAGACAUUUUUGCACAUUUAUUGAAAAUAAAAUACUGAAAUAUCUCAUUUCCAUAAGUAUUCACACCCCUGAGUGAAUACUUUGUAGAUGCACCUUUGGCAGCGAUUACAGCUGUGAGUCUUUCUGGGUAAGUCUCUAAGUGUGUUUCUCAAAAUGCAUACUUCCAUUGCAAAUUGAAACCAUGGCAGGGGUAGGAGUAUGAGUCCAAAUCAAAGUAUGUAAAACGAAGCACGAAGGGCACUUUUCGAAUGCGUACUCGGUUUGUACAUAUUUGAAGCAUGCAUCGAUGAAAGGUUCAACGGAAAGUAUGCAAAGCAAUAUGAUGCAACCAUGUAAAAAUUACACAACAUUUCUUGAAAUCAAUGGCAGACAUUAUUUGAGCUCAAGCGAGAGAAAAUACACUCCAACUUUGUAAUGAAAUGUUGCCUAUUCACAUCUCAUAUGUUACCUGACUACAAUAUUUUAUCUUGAUACGUUAAUAAAUACAUGCUGUGUUAAUUUUGGCAUGUUUACCCGCUUACUUACCGUAGAUCGCAAGCCCAUAAUAAGUCAAUAGGGCCAACUGGCUAGCUACUAGUACUGUUAGCUAGCCAGAUAGCCACAAAGAAUUGUUAGCUAGCUACCCACGAAGAAUUGACAUCUAACUUGCAUAAUAUUAGUUUUAGGUCAUUUCUGCCUGAUAAACGAUCUGGUUAGCUACAUUAUUACGAUUCACAUAUAGCUAGCUGAUAGUUAUGAAGUAAAACGGUUGCUUUGUGUAUAUCUUGGAAGAAGGUUCAGUAAAUGGGGAGGUGAAGCGCGAGGUAAUACAGUAGGGGGAGUGCGAGUGCUUCUCAAAUGUAAUGUUUUAUACAUUCUCCACACACUCGUCCUCACAAGAACAUACUCAAGACAACGUGGUCGGAGAAUGCACUCGGAGCAUGAGAGUGUGGAGCACGGUAGUAUGCAUAUUGAGAAACACCCUAAGAGCUUUCCACACCUGGAUUGUGCAACAUUUGACCACAAUUCUUCAAGCUCUGUCAAAUUGGUUGUUGAUCAUUGCUAGACAACCAUUUUCAGGUCUUGCCAUAGAUUUACAAGUAGAUUUAAGUCAAAACUGUAACUCGGCCACUCAGGAACAUUCACUGUCUUUUUGGUAAGCAACUCCAGUGUAGAUUUGGCCUUGUGUUUUAGGUUAUUGUCCUUCUGAAAGGUGAAUUCAUCUCCCAGUGUCUGAUGGAAAGCAGACUGAACCAGCUUUUCCUCUAGGAUUUUGCCUGUGCUUAGCUCCAUUCCGUUUAUUUUCUAUCCUGAAAAACUCCCCAGUCCUUAACGACUACAAGCACAGACAUAAGAUGAUGCAGCCACCACUAUGCUUAAAAAUAUGGAGAGUAGUACUCAGUAAUGUUCUGCAUUGGAUUUGCCCCAAACAUAACACUUUGUAUUCAGGACAGAAAGUUAAUUGAUUUACCACAUUAUUUGCAGUAUUACUUUAGUGCCUUGUUGCAAACAGGAUGCAUGUUUGGGAAUUAUUGUUAUUAUCUACAGGCUUUCUUCUUUUCACUGUGUCACGUAGUUUAGUAUUUUGGAGUAACUACAAUGGGUUGAUCCAUCCUCAGUUUUUUCCUAUCACAGCAAUUAAACUCUAACUGUUUUAAAAUCACUAUUGGCCUCAUGCUGAAAUCCCUGAGCGGUUUCCUUCCUCUCCAGCAACUAAGUUAGCAAGGAUGCCUGUAUCUUUGUAGUGGCUGGGUGUAUUGAUACACUAUCCAAAGUGUAAUUAAUAACUUCACCAUGCUCAAAGGGAUAUUCAGUGUCAGUUUUUUUGUUUGUUUUUACCCAUCUACCAAUAGGUGCCCUACUUUGCAAGGCAUUGGAAAACAUCCCUGGUCUUUAUGGUUGAAUCUUUCUUUGAAAUUCGCUGCUCGACUGAGGGACCUUACAGAUAAUUGUAUGUGUGGGUACAGAGAUGAGGUAGUCAUUCAAAAGUAAUGUUAAAUACUAUUAUAGCACACAUAAUGUGUCCAUACAAUUUAUUAUGUGAUUUGUUAAGCACAUUUUUACUCCUGAACUUAGUUAGGCUUGCCAUAACAUAGGGGUUGAAUACUCAAGACAUUUCAGCUUUUAAUUUUUUAUUAAUUUGUAAAAACAUCUAAAAACAUAAUUCCAUUAUGGGGUAUUGUGUGUAGGCCAGUGACACAAAAUCUCAAUUUAUCAAUUUUAAAUUCAGGCUGUAUCACAACAAAAUGUGGAAAUAGUCAAGGGGUGUGAAUACUUUCUGAAGGCACUGUAUGUCAUGGAAAUAAAAGUGCUGAAAUCAAAUUGGCUUCCUAUUUAAAAAGAAGAUGCUAUGAAGGAAAACUACUGGAGUUUUGGUUUAGGUUCAGCCAACUUCAGACCUUGGGUCUAUAAGAUUAUAUAUGCGCAAAGCAUAGUUCUGACAUAUUGAGCAGAUGUGAGAACUGUUUUGUGGUGAAUGUAUUAUUUCAUAACCCAUUAAGGUCCUCACCUUAUAGGUACCUACAGUACAGAGUAUCAAAAUCCUGAGACAGUUGGGGGUGGGUUGAGUCAGACACAUCAUCAAAAACAUUUAAAACUGUGUUAUGAUCAUCAGACAAAUUACUGUCGUACUGAGCUACGAUGUGACAUCAUUUACUUUAAAGAUUUCUGACAGUGCCAUUAUUGCUGGCUAAACUAGCCUAGACCAUACACUACCAUUCAAAAGUUUGGGCUCACUUAGAAAUGUCCUUGUUUUCGAAAGAAAAGCAAUUAUUUUGUCCAUUAAAAUAACAUCAAAUUGAUCAGAAAUACAGUGUAGAUAUUGUUAAUGUUGUAAAUGGCUAUUGUAGCUGGAAACGGCUGAUUUUUAAUGGAAUAUCUACAUAGGCGUACAGAGGCACAUUAUCAGCAACCAUCAAUCCUGUGUUCCAAUGGCAUGUUGUGUUUGCUAUUCCAAGUUUAUCAUUUUAAAAUGCUAAUUGAUCAUUAGAAAACCCUUUUUCAAUUGUUUAACACUUUUUUGGUUACUACAUGAUUCCAUAUGUGUUAUUUCAUAAUUUUGAUGUCUAAAGAAAAACCCUUGAAUGAGUAGGUGUGUACAAAAUGUUGACUGGUAGUGUAAUAAGAGGGACAUGGCAAAGACAUAUAAUAAUAUAUUAAUAAUAAUAAGCCAUUUAGCAGACGCUUUUAUCCAAAGCGACUUACAGUCAUGCGUGCAUACAUUUUUUUGUGUAUGGGUGGUCCCGGGGUUCGAACCCACUACCUUGGCGUUACAAGCGCCGUGCUCUACCAGCUGAGCUACAGAGGACCGUUACAGAGGUCAAGUUAAACCUCACUGUCCUCUCCUGUCUGUCUGUCAACUUCACCCUCACUGUCCACUCCUAUCUGUCGGUCAACUUCAACCUCACAGUCCUCUUCUGUCUCCAUGUCUGUCAACUUUACCCUCACUGUCCUCUCAAGUCUGUCAAUGUCAACCUCACAGUCAUCUUCUGUCUGUCAGUCAACUUCACCCUCACUUUCCUUUUCUGUCUGCCAACUUCACCCUCACUGUCCUCUCCUGUCUGUUCAACUUACCCUCAUUGUCCUCUCCUGUCUGUCUGCCAACUUCACCCUCACUGUCCUCUCCUGUCUGUUCAACUUACCCUCACUGUCCUCUCAUGUCUGUCAACUUCACCCUUACUUUCCUCUUCUGUCUGUCAGUCAACCCUACCUUCCUCUCCUGUCAGUCUGUCAACUUACCCUCACUGUUCUCUCCUGUUGGCCUGUCAACUUCACCCUCACUGUCCUCUCCUCUCUGUCAGUCAACUUCACCCUUACUGUCCUCUCCUCUCUGUCAGUCAACUUCACCCUCACUGUCCUCUCCUCUCUGUCAGUCAACUUCACCCUCACUGUCCUCUCCUCUCUGUCAGUCAACUUCACCCUCACUGUCCUCUCCUCUCUGUCAGUCAACUUCACCCUCACUUUCCUUUUCUGUCUGUCUGAUUGGUCCGUCUGUAUUUGUUUAGGCUUAAGAUCGGAUUGCAAAUAGAACUUUAUAGCGCCAAGUUCAAAUGGGUUUAUGCACAUCAAAAAAAAUCUAACUUCACAGACAUAUGAAGAACUAUCUAAAGAUCUAUUAUAUGUGACUAACUCAUUUUGACAAAAAUGUCAGAUUAACCUUGAACUAGCGCAAAAAUAAUAUUGCGAUAUUGUCAAAACUAUACGAUAUAUACGUAACUGUAUCGAUUUCUUCCCAUCAGUUGUAUAUGCACCACACACACACACACACACACACACACACACACACACACACACACACACACACACACACACACACACACAACACACACCACACACCACACACACACACACACCACACUCACACACAGCACACACAACACCACACAUCACAACAACCACACACACACCAAACACACAACACACCCACACACACACCCACACACACACACACAGGUGUAGGUUGUUUAUUUUAUUUGGAUUGGGAGGGAGGAUUUAUGGAGUAGGUUUCGAGAGAGGGUUAUGAAAGUAAAUAUUAGGAAAUUGCUCCAACUCCAGUUAGUUUGUGGCUUCCCCGGUCUUCCCCUUUGAUUGUCCUGGUCCUGGAGCCCUUCCUCCCGGAGGAUGGCCUAAGCCCCUGAUUUCCAUCUCCCCCAUAACCUCCUCCCGGGGCUGCCUAGCCCUGAUUCUCUCUCUCUCCCCCCUACCCUUCCCUCCCGGGGCUGGCCUAGCCCAUGAUUCUCUCACCCCUACCUCCAUCCCGGGGCUGGCCAUAGCCCUGAUUCUCUCCCCCCUACCUCCCUCCUGGGGGCUGGCCUAGCCCUGAGUUCUCUUCUCUCCCCCCUACCUCCCUCCCGGGGCUGGCCUAGCCCGUGAUUCUCUCCCCCCCUACCUCCCUCCCGGGGCUGGCCUAGCCCUAAUCCUCUCCCCCCUACCUCCCUCCCGGGGCUGGCCUAGCCCUGAUUCUCUCCCCCCUACCUCCCUCCCGGGGCUGGCCUAGCCCUGAUUCUCUCCCCCCCUACCUCUCUCCCGGGGCUGGCCUAGCCCUGAUUCUCUCCCCCCUACCUCCCUCCUUGGGCUGGCCUAGCCCUGAUUCUCUCCCCCCUACCUCCCUCCCGGGGCUGGCCUAGCCCUGAUUCUCUCCCCCCUACCUCCCUCCUGGGGCUGGCCUAGCCCUGAUUCUCUCCCCCCUACCUCCCUCCCGGGGCUGGCCUAGCCCUGAUUCUCUCCCCCCUACCUCCCUCCCGGGGCUGGCCUAGCCCUGAUUCUCUCCCCACUACCUCCCUCCCGGGGCUGGCCUAGCCCUGAUUCUCUCCCCCCUACCUCCCUCCCGGGGCUGGCCUAGCCCUGAUUCUCUCCCCUCUACCUCCCUCCUAUUGAUCAAACAACCAUGAAAAGGUAGGCUAUCUCACCCUCAGUUGCCUAUGCACAUCAACAGCAAGAAGAUCAACAACUAAUGUUAGCCAGAGUGAGAUAAUCUACAAUCUGACGAGGGAACUCUUAUAUGUUGAGUCAGGGUGUGAAUGUUCUAUGUUGUAUUUUCUAUGUUUGUGUUCUAGUAUGUAUAGAUCUAUGUUGGCCGGUGUGGUUCCCAAUCAGAGGCAGCUGUCGCUCGUUGUCUCUGAUUGGGGAUCAUACUUAGGCAGCCUAUGGGCACUAGUUAGUUGUGGGAUCUUGUUCCGUGUUUAGGCUAGUUUUGUGUUCAGCCUUUGGACAUCACGUUUUUGUUUGGUUUGUUGUUUUGUCGUGUGUUUAUCGGUAAAUAAACAUGUAUGCAUAUCACGCUGCGGCUUGGUCUGACCCGUCCUUAAACGAACGUGACAUAAACUCUCUCUAACCUUUUCAGCUAGUUGCGUCAAAAUUGCACUGAUAAAUGAUGGGGCUUGUCCCAAGUCAAGUUUUGACAACUGAAUGGGAACUUGUCUAACCGCCCAUUUGAUCAAUACCAAAUACAUUUGAUUGACAACUAAGAGAUAUGCUAACAAUGGAUAACAGUCCAUCUAGUCGUCUUGACUUCUUUCUUAUGUCAUUCUCGUUGGCACCAAAAGUUUAAAAAGUGUUGAUAGGGGACAGAAUGCGGUCGGACCAUCAUGUAAUUGGCAUAUACAUUACUCUUACUGAAUUUCCACGUGGGCGAGGAUACUGGAAAUGUAAUCAAAGCCUAUUGGAUAAUAACUUGUUUUUAACUAGGACAGAGGAAUUUAUAACUGAUUUUUUCCGACAUAACGUAGGUACAGCAAAUCCCCUUAUAGUAUGGGACACCUUUAAAUGUGCAAUUCAGUACUCAUCUCGAAAACAAAAGCAAUUUAGGUCAAAAGAGUGCAUACUAACAAAGGAAAUAGAAGGUCUAAGAGAACAGAGAGAUAGCAAUAAAAACUGUAACAUAGAGGCUCAGAAUAAAUUAGAGGAAAAACUAAAAGAAAUUGAGAAAUUUAUUCAAGAAAGAUCAAGAGUUAUAUAUUAUAAAAAUUAAGCAAACUGGAUGGAAUAUGGGGAAAAAUGAACCAAAUCAUUUUUUAAUCUUCAACAUAGGAAUGCUACCAAAAAUAAUUUACUGAAAAUGGUUACAAAUAAUGGAGUCACCCAUGAUUCACCAAAUGAUAUUUUGAAGGAGGAAACAAAGUACUUUAAGCAUAUGUUUUUGUUUCAGCCGCCUCCAUCUCCUCUAACUAAACCUAAUUCUAGAUAUGUUUUUUCUAUUGAUAAUGUAAAAUUAACAGCCAUACAGAAAGACUCAUGUGAAGGUGAAAUUACAGAGGAACUUCUGGAUGCAAUUAAAGACUUUAAGUCAGGGAGAACUCCAGGGUUGGAAGGCAUACCAGUCGAGGUAUACCAAACCUUUUUUGAUAUACUCAUAGGACCGUUAUUAGCAUGUUUUAACCUCUCCUAUGUAAAUGGUAUAUUAUCAGACAUUCAAGAAGUAGAUCUGAUUUCAUUAAUACUAAAACAGGAUACAAGUAGAAAAUAUAAAUUGGAGGCCCCUUACACUUCAGUGUUGUGUUGCAAAAAUUCUAGCAAAAUGUAUAGCUCAUAGAAUUAAAAAGCUGUUGUCGGACAUUAUUCAUUCUAAUCAGACAGGUUUUUUUUACAUGGAAGAUACAUUGGAGAUAAUAUAAGCCAAGUACUGGAAAUAAUAGAAUACUAUGAAAAAUCUGGGAAACCAGGCCUGCUAUUCAUAGCAGACUUUGAAAAGACAUCUGAUAAAAUACUACUGGGGUUUAUAUAUAAAUGCCUGGAGUAUUUCAAUUUUGGAUAAUCUCUUAUAAAAUGGGUUAAAAUCAUGUAUAGUAACCCUAGGUGUACAAUAGUAAAUAAUGGCUAUUUCUCAGAAAGAUUUAAACUGUCAAGAGGAGUGAAACAAGGUUGUCCACUAUCGGCAUAUCUAUUUAUUAUGGCCAUCGAAAUGUUAGCUAUUAAAAUCAGAUCCAACAAUAAUAUCAAGGGAUUAGAAAUCCAGGGCUUAAAAACAAAGGUGUCAUUGUACGCUGAUGAUUCAUGUUUUCCUUUAAAUCCACAACUUGAAUCCCUCCACAGCCUCAUAGAGGAUCUAGAUAAAUUUCUAACCUCUCUGGAUUACAACCAAAUUAUGAUAAAUAUUACGUACUGGAUCACUAAAAAAUACAAUUUUUACAUUACCAUGUAGUUUACCAAUACAAUGGUUUGAUGGUGAUGUGGAUAUACUCAGAAUACAUAUCCCAAAUGAAAUAAAUGAUCUCACUCCAAUACAUUUUAAUAGAAAGUUAGCAAAAAUGGAAAGGUAAAUACCUGUCAAUUUGUGGAAAAAUGACCCUGAUUAACUCUUUAGUAUUAUCCCAGUUUACCUAUUUGCUUAUGGUCUUGCCUACGCCUAGCGAACAGUUUUUAAAAUUAUAUGAGAUUUUUUUUUCUCCAUUUUAUUUGGAACGGCAAGCCAGACAAAAUUAAAUGGGACUAUUUCUAUAAUGAAUAUGAAUUCGGAGGACAGAAAUUAUUAAAUAUUAAAAUAUUAGACCUAUCACUAAAAGCUUCAGUCAUACAAAAGUUAUACUUAAAUCCGAACUGGUUCUCUAGCAAAUUAGUAAGAUUGUCUCACCCAAUGUUCAAGAACGGGAUUUUUCCCUUUAUUCAGAUUACAACCUCUCACGUUCAGUUAUUUGAAAAGGAAAUAAUCUCCCAAAUAUCACUAUUUCUAAAACAAGCCAUAGAAAGUUGGUUGCAAUUUCAAUUUAAUCCUCCAGAAACGACAGAACAAAUAAUGCAACAAAUAUUGUGGUUAAACUCAAAUAUACAAAUUAAUAAAAACUUUUUUUAUUUGACAAAAUAAAAAAAUUAAAAGGUAUAAUCUUCGUAAAUGAUAUCAUCGGUAGGACUGGUGGAGUUAUGUCGCACAUGCAGCUAACAAACUUACAACCAAAUAAUUGCAGCAUUACCGCAAAAAUGGAAGAGGAAAGUGGAAGGGGGAAAAAGUAAGGAACUUGACUGUUGGCCUUGCAUUAAAGAACAUAAUUGGUUAAGAAAAACUGUGAUAAAUAAAAAAGUAUACCAGUUUCAUUUAAGGACCAAAGUAUUGACAGCCGUCCCAUAUAGAUUUCAAAAUAGUUGGGAAGAGAUUUUUGACGUACCGAUCCCAUGGCAUAGUGUUUAUAAACUGAUAAGCAAAACGACACGGAUUCAAAACUUUGCAUUUUUCAAUUUAAAUUAUUAUAUAAAUUCUUGCUACAAAUAGAAUGUUAUUUAUACGGGGGAUACAAUCUUCCCAGCUCUGUAGAUUUUGCUGCGAAGAGACAGAAUCAUUAUAUCAAUUGUUUUGGUACUGUCCAUUUGUAGCUUGUUUUUGGACACAGGUCCAAGAAUGGCUAAAGGAUUGCAACAUUUACCUGGAGCUAACCCUGCAGAUAGCAUUACUGGGUGAUCUGAAAAUUCAUAGUCAAUCGAUCAAUAAUAUAAUAAUACUUUUAGCAAAAAUGUUUAUUUUCAAUUUACAAUCUGUAGAAACUAUGAGAAUAGAACGGUUCAGAACUUUUUUUAAAAAUCACAGUACAGUUGAAAAAUAUAUGGCAAAUAGAAAUCCAAUAUGGAUGGUGUUAAGAUUUACAGUGGGGAAAAAAAGUAUUUAGUCAGCCACCAAUUGUGCAAGUUCUCCCACUUAAAAAGAUGAGAGAGGCCUGUAAUUUUCAUCAUAGGUACACGUCAACUAUGACAGACAAAUUGAGGGGAAAAAAUCCAGAAAAUCACAUUGUAGGAUUUUUUAUGAAUUUAUUUGCAAAUUAUGGUGGAAAAUAAGUAUUUGGUCACCUACAAACAAGCAAGAAUUCUGGCUCUCACAGACCUGUAACUUUUUCUUUAAGAGGCUUCUCUGUCCUCCACUCGUUACCUGUGUUAAUGGCACCUGUUUGAACUUGUUAUCAGUAUAAAAGACACCUGUCCACAACCUCAAACAGUCACACUCCAAACUCCACUAUGGCCAAGACCAAAGAGCCGUCAAAGGACACCAGAAACAAAAUUGUAGACCUGCACCAGGCUGGGAAGACUGAAUCUGCAAUAGGUAAGCAGCUUGGUUUGAAGAAAUCAACUGUGGGAGCAAUUAUUAGGAAAUGGAAGACAUACAAGACCACUGAUAAUCUCCCUCGAUCUGGGGCUCUACGCAAGAUCUCACCCCAUGGGGUCAAAAUGAUCACAAGAACGUUGAGCAAAAAUCCCAGAAACACACGGGGGGACAUAGUGAAUGACCUGCAGAGAGCUGGGACCAAAGUUACAAAGCCUACCAUAAGUAACACACUACGCCGCCAGGGACUCAAAUCCUGCAGUGCAAGACAUGUCCCCCUGCUUAAGCCAGUACAUGUCCAGGCUCGUCUGAAGUUUGCUAGAGUGCAUUUGGAUGAUCCAGAAGAGGAUUGGGAGAAUGUCAUAUGGUCAGAUGAAACCAAAAUAUAACUUUUUGGUAAAAACUCAACUCGUCGUGUUUGGAGGACAAAGAAUGCUGAGUUGCAUCCAAAGAACACCAUACCUACUGUGAAGCAUGGGGGUGGAAACAUCAUGCUUUGGGGCUAUUUUUCUGCAAAGGGACCAGGACGACCGAUCCGUGUAAAGGAAAGAAUUAAUGGGGCCAUGUAUCGUGAGAUUUUGAGUGAAAACCUCCUUCCAUCAGCAAGGACAUUGAAGAUGAAACGUGGCUGGGUCUUUCAGCAUGACAAUGAUCCCAAACACACCGCCCGGGCAACGAAGGAGUGGCUUCAUAAGAAGCAUUUCAAGGUCCUGGAGUGGCCUAGCCAGUCUCCAGAUCUCAAGCCCAUAGAAAAUCUUUGGAGGGAGUUGAAAGUCUGUGUUGCCCAGCGACAGCCCCAAAACAUCACUGCUCUAGAGGAGAUCUGCAUGGAGGAAUGGGCCAAAAUACCAGCAACAGUGUGUGAAAACCUUGUGAAGACUUACAGAAAACGUUUGACUUGUGUCAUUGCAAACAAGGGGAGUAUAACAAAGUAUUGAGAAACUUUUGUUAUUGACCAAAUACUUAUUUUCCACCAUAAUUUGCAAAUAAAUUCAUAAAAAAUCCUACAAUGUGAUUUCCUGGGAAAAAAAAUCUCAAUUUGUCUGUCAUAGUUGACGUGUACCAAUGAUGAAAAUUACAGGCCUCUCUCAUCUUUUGAAGUGGGAGAAAUUGCACAAUUGGUGGCUGACUAAAUACUUUUUUUCCCCACUGUAGAUGUGUGGUGUUGAAUGGAGUUGGAGGAUGGGACUAAUAACAACUAACAACAACUAAUAACAACAAGAUAACUAAUAAUGUAAGCAUACUGUGUCCAGAAUAAGUAUAUAGGUUGAGAGCUUUUGUGAAAUUGCACAGUUAGAAAGAUAUGGCAUAUAGAAGCAAUCCAGAUGGACAUCAUGAAAAUGAUCGGAGAGGUUGAGGGUAGAGGAAGUUCAGGAGUAAAAACAAACAAAUAUAAUUCUUGUAAAAUUGACUGUGUCCAUAAAAUGUAUACAGUACGUUUAAGCUGAAAGUAGAGGCCUAAGCAUAGUUGUUCACUAGUUUACUCCAAUUAGGGAAGGGGUGGUGGGGUUGGAAAGUAAUAAAGGGAAAUAGAUUUUAAAAAUAGGAUAUGUAUGUAUAUACAGUGAGGGAUAAAAGUAUUUGAUCCCCUGCUGAUUUUGUACGUUUACCCACUGACAAAGACAUGAUCAGUCUAUAAUUUUAAUGGUAGGUUUAUUUGAACAGUGAGAGACAGAAUAAAAAAAAUAAAGAAUAAAGAAUAACAACAAAUAAAUCCAGAAAAACGCAUGUCAAAAAUGUUAUAAAUUGAUUUGCAUUUUAAUGAGGGAAAUAAGUAUUUGACCCCUCUGCAAACAUGACUUAGUACUUGGUGGCAAAACCCUUGUUGGCAAUCACAGAGGUCAGACAUUUCUUGUAGUUUGCCACCAGGUUUGCAAACAUCUCAGGAGGGAUUUUGUCCCGCUCCUCUUUGCAGGUCUUCUCCAGGUCAUUAAGGGUUCGAAGCUGACGUUUGGCAACUCGAACCUUCAGCUCCCUCCACAGAUUUUCUAUGGGAUUAAGGUCUGGAGACUGGCUAACCACUCCAAGACCUUAAUGUGCUUCUUCUUGAGUCACUCCUUUGUUGCCUUGGCCGUGUGUUUUGGGUCAUUGUCAUGCUGGAAUACCCAUCCACGACCCAUUUUCAAUGCCCUUGCUGAGGGAAGGAGGUUCUCACCCAAGAUUUGAUGAUACAUGGCCCCGUCCAUCGUCCCUUUGAUGCGGUGAAGUUGUCCUGUCCCCCAAAGCAUAAUGUUUCCACCUCCAUGUUUGAUGGUGGGGAUGGUGUUCUUGGGGUCAUAGGCAGCAUUCCACCUCCUCCAAACAUGGCGAGUUGAGUUGAUGCCAAAGAGCUCGAUUUUGGUGUCAUCUGACCACAACACUUUCACCCAGUUCUCCUCUGAAUCAUUCAGAUGUUCAUUGGCAAACUUCAGACGGGCCUGUAUAUGUGCUUUCUUGAGCAGGGGGACCUUGUGGGCGCUGCAGGAUUUCAGUCCUUCACGGCGUAGUGUGUUACCAAUUGUUUUCUUGGUGACUAUGGUCCCAGCUGCCUUGAGAUCAUUGACAAGAUCCUCCCGUGUAGUUCUGGGCUGAUUCCUCACCGUUCUCAUUAUCAUUGCAACUCCACUAGGUGAGAUCUUGCAUGGAGCCCCAGGCCGAGGGAGAUUGACAGUUCUUUUGUGUUUCUUCCAUUUGUGAAUAAUCGCACCAACUGUUGUCACCUUCUCACCAAGCUGCUUGGCGAUGGUCUUGUAGCCCAUUCCAGCCUUGUGUAGGUCUACAAUCUUGUCCAUGACAUCCCUGGAGAGCUCUUUGGUCUUGGCCAUGGUGGAGAGUUUUGAAUCUGAUUGAUUGAUUGCUUCUGUGGACAGGUGUCUUUUAUACAGGUAACAAACUGAGAUUAGGAGCACUCCCUUUAAGAGUGUGCUCCUAAUCUCAGCUCGUUACUUGUAUAAAAGACACCUGGGAGCCAGAAAUCUUUCUGAUUGAGAGGGGGUCAAAUACUUAUUUCCCUGAUUAAAAUGCAAAUCAAUUUAUAACAUUUUUGACAUGCGUUUUUCUGGAUUUUUUUGUUGUUAUUCUGUCUCUUACAGUUCAAAUAAACCUACCAUAAAAAUUAUAGACAGAUCAUUUCUUUGUUAGUUGGCAAACGUACAAAAUCAGCAGGGGAUCAAAUACUUUUUUCCCUCAUUGUAUGUAUGUAUGUGUAUGUAUGUAUAUAUAUAUAUAUAUAUAUAUAUAUAUAUAUAUAUAUAUAUAUAUAUAUAUAUAUAUAUAUAUAUAUAUAUGUAUAUAUAUAUAUAUAUAUAUAUAUAUAUAUAUAUAUAUAUAUAUAUUAUGUGAGGAAAAAAACAUAUGGGGGAUUGGAAGUGAUGCAGACAAUUACAUUGAUGGAAGUUACAAUCUAUCUGCAACAUUAAAGCUGAUCUUCCCCCUAAAAAUAAAAUAAAUAGAAAAAUAACAAUGAAUUACAGUUGUUCAAGUUCAGCUAGCUAGCUAGCAAAGUGAUUCACAUUUCUUGGUAGAUAACCAAAUGACACCUGCGUCUCUAGUUGAGCCACAGAAAAACGAUAUGGGGGGAAAAAGUCGGUCACUCACCCACUCGUCCAAUGACAACAUCCUCCCAGCAGCUAGCUAACGUUAGGCUCUGUGUUUUUAUCUUACUUAAUAAAUAGCUACCAUAGAUAAGCUAGCCUAUUAGCCACAUUAUGACUGACUUUUGAUCAUUGCUAGUUUGGUUGUGUUGACGUUCCCAGCCUUGGUUACUUCCGUCCAUUUUUUUUCUCCUUAAUAUUGAGUCACAACUGAAACAUCCUAAAUGGCUGCAGACACAAAUGUACCAGGCCAGCUGUGGUUUACAACCUGAUAGCAACAUUUGUUGAACUACCAAGAAAUAUCUUGGUGAAUUAUAUUAAUCAUACAUUGAACUGCAUCCAUCUAUUUGGCCAACAAUGCCUUACUCUAUGUCAUGGAAUAUAUUUUUUUAACCUCUUAUGAAGUUGGUUUUGUAGCAUAAACUGGGAUUGUAUUAUUUUUGACUGAUAUUAUGAUUGUCUGUUUGUUUCAUAUCUGCAAAGUAGUUAAAAUACUGUCAGUUCCACUUUAACUUAACCAGUCUGAAUUAAUGCCUUAACUUAACCCUAGAGUUGUUUCUGUUUUAACCCUAUCCCAAACCUUAAUACUUAACUUAAUCCAGUAGGUAUUAAUGCCUUAACUUAACCCUAGAGUUGUUUCUGUUUUAACCCUAUCCCAAACCUUAAUACUUAACUUAAUCCAGUAGGUAUUAAUGCCUUAACUUAACCCUAGAGUUGUUUCUGUUUUAACCCUAUCCCAAACCUUAAUACUUAACUUAAUCCAGUAGGUAUUAAUGCCUUAACUUAACCGUAGAGUUGUUUCUGUGUGCCUAAAUUUAACACGUUUGUCAAAGAACGUCGGGAGAUGAAGUCAGUUUACUCAUCAAACAUAGACGUUUGUCCAAGGACGUUGGGACAUGAAGUCAGACUGUGAUAUCUUGUUGAGCCACCAGGUGUUUGAGAGCCAAUCCUCCACUCCUUAGUUCUGGUUAGCUAUGCAGAAAAGCCCACAGGAUCUGAUAGAAGGCCUGGGAUUCAAAAUGGCUGACGUAGCUGAAGACAGGCAGGACUUGGAUGAUGACAUUUCUAGUGCUUUAUUUGAAACAGCCUCCCCAAAAGUUUUUUACACAUUUUCAUUAGACGUAUUCAUUAAAUGUGGCUUUCUUGUACUGCAUUAAAGACAGCUGAUAAAUGUAAUAUUUCUUAUCUGAUUGGUGAUUAAUAAAGAGACACCAAAAAUAAACCCACGUAUCGCUCUACAGGGAAUCAAAACUGAGAGUGUUUCAAGUCCAAAAGAUCCAGUAGUCAGAACAGAGCAAGUUGGCCCAGUUGGCCCGUUUCUCCCUUCCUCAACCCUGUGACAUACCAGGCAAUAGCACACUAGCUGCUAGCGAUCUCCCAUAACUGGAAAUAAGAUUAUUUCUGAAUCCAGAGAGCUCCAGGCGACCACGGUCCUCUUGUCUUGCCUGCCCAUUUGUUUGUGUUGGGGUCAGUGAAAGUGCAGAUAGAGUAAACCAUUUUCAUCAAGCUCUCUCUUUUCUUUUUUCAUCUGCCUCUCUCUCUCUCUCUCUCUCUAUCUCUCUCUCUCUCUCUCUCUCUCUCUCUCUCUCUCUCUCUCUCUCUCUCUCUCUCUGCCUCUCUCUCUCUCCUCUCUCUCUCUCUCGUCUCUCCUCUCUCUCUCCUCUCUCCUCUCCUCUCUCUCUCUCUCUCUCUCUCUCUCUCUCUCUCCUUCGUUAUUUCCUUAUUUUCUUGGCUAACACAAGCAAGGAUGGGUUCAAUUGUUCUCCUAACUAAAUGUUGUAUGGAGGUCUGCACCUAUCUUGCUAGCCUAGCAGACUUGAAACAGUAUUAUGCAGUCCUGCAGUCAGAAUCAGGAUUUUAGUGACUCACGUUUAGGACUUUGUCUUCUCUUUGUGUUACGCCCUUAAAUUAUAUCUGACCCAUUAGACCAAUCUACACUGAGUGUACAACAUGCUCUUUCCAUGACGUUGACUGACCAGUUGAAUCCAUGUGAAAGCUAUGAUCCCUUAUUGAUAUCACUUGUUAAAUCCACUUCGGUCAGUGUAGAUCAGAGUUCUUCAAUUCCGGUCCUGGAGGGCCGAAACACCUCUGUUUUUCAUCCUCUCCUUCUAAUCAGGGGCUAAUUCAGACCUGGGACACCAGGUGAGUGCAAGUGUUUCGGCCCUCCAGGACCGGAAUUGAAGAACCCUGGUGUAGAUGAAGGGGAGGAAACAGGUUAAAGGAUUUGUAAGCCUUGAGACAAUUGAGACAUGGAUUGUGUAUGUGUGCCAUUCAGAGGGUGAAUGGGCAAGACAAAAUAUUUAAUUGCCUUUGAACGGGGUAUGGUAGUAGGUGCCAGGCGCACCGGUUUGUGUCAAGAACUGCAACGCUGCUGAGUUUUUCACAAUCAACAGUUUCCCGUGUGUAUCAAGAAUGGUCCACCACCCAAAGGACAUCCAGCCAUCUUGACACAACUGUGGGAACCGUUGGAGUCAACAUUGGCCAGCAUCCCUGUGGAACGCCUUCGACACCUUGUAGCGUCAAUGCCCCGACCAAUUGAGGCUGUUCUGAGGGCAAAAGGGGGUGCAACUCAAUAUUAGGAAGGUGUUCUUAAUGUUUUGUACACUCAGUGUAAUAGGCCUACAUCAUUAUCAAUACUAGCUGUAGUUUGUGCCAGUGUUCAAUGUUUGCUCUCAGGACCUUCCUAAAGAGCUAGUUUUCAUGCAGUCAAAAUACGUUUACAUGCACACAAAAAAUGAGGUAUUAAACUGAUUAUGGCCGAGUAUGGCGUUAGUCAUGUAAACACCUUACUCUGCUUAACUUAAUCGGCAUGAGGUCAUAAACGAAGUAAGCAUACGCCGAUUAAAACACCUGGUUUUCUGAGCAAUCUUCAGAAUUACUAGGACAUGUAAAAAGCUUAUUCGGCGUUCAAGCACAUGUGCCAGCACCGGGUAGUGCCAGCACCGGGUAGUGCCAGCACUGGGUAGAGCCAGCACCGGGUAGUGCCUGCACCGGGUAGUGCCAGCACCGGGUAGUGCCAGCACCGGGUAGUGCCAGCACCGGGUAGUGCCUGCACCGGGUAGCCCAAGCCUCCCUCUUAUGCGUGAGUGAAGUGCAAAGCAUGUAAACGUUUUAAGUGAACUAUUUUAUAUACCUGACUAUUUACAAUAAUCACAUUAUUGUGUGCAUGUAACCGUGGUCAUUGACUCUGAUCAACGCUAACCAGAAAAUAUGUUAAAUGCUUGAUUAAUUCCUUUUACUGUUUGAACAGAGUUAGAAAACAGAGAGCAUUUUGUCAUUUUAUCCAAGUGAUAACAUCGAGUUUAUUUCUAUUCAGUCUGCAUACUUUCAAGGAGAGAUCGAAUAUGUGAUAAUACAUGUUUAUUCUCCCGCUUGCAAUUUGCAUUCAGUGAUAGUAAUUUAACAAUGAUAGAUUUUUUGCCCCCUCACUUGUAAAAGCAUUGUAAUUUCUUGAGUAAUUACGGGUUAGGGUGCACCCUCAUCGACUACCUCCCUCGCACUCCCCGAAUGCCUAACGGGGAAAGCCUGUGUGUGUGUGCGCUUGCAUGCGUGUCUGCCUGCCUACAACUCAUCCAGAACGCUGCAGCCCGUCUGGUGUUCGACCUUCCCAAGUUCUCUCAUGUCACCCCCCGCUCCUCCGCACACUCCACUGGCCUCCAAGGCCCAUUUUGAAGGGGUUUUCCUCUAGUUUACUCCAAUUAGGGCACGGGGUGGUGGGGUGUUGGAAGUAAUAAAGGGGGACAUAUGUUUUCAAAAAAUCGGAUAAUGUAUGUAUAUACAGUGAGGGAUAAAGUAUUUGCAUACCCCUGCUGAGUUUUGUACGUUUACCCACUGACAAGACAUUAUCCUUCCUAUAAUUUUUAAUGUAGGUUUUAUUUGAACAGUGAGAGACAGAUAAAAAAAAUAAAGAAUAAGAAUAAACAACAAAUCAAUCCCGAAACAACGCAUGUCAAAAAUUAUACAGUGAUUUGCAUUGGUAUGAGGGAAAUAAGUAGUUGACCCCUCGGCAAACAUGACGUAUACUGUACUUGGUGGGCAAAACCCUUGUUGCAUCACAAGGUCGACAUUUCUUGUAGUUUGCCACCAGGUUUGGCAAACUCUCAGGAGGGAUUUGUCCCCUCCUCUUUGCAGGUCUUUUCUUCUCACUCAGGUCUUAAAGGGUUCGAAGCUGACGUUUGGCAACUCGACCUUCAGCUCCUCCCACAAUUUUCUAUGGGAUUAAGGUCUGGAGACUGGCUAAACAACCACUCCCAGACCUUAAUGUGCUUCUUCUUGAGUCACUCUUUUGUUUGCCUUGCCGUGUGUUUUGUGGUCAUUGGCAUGGCUGUGAAUACCCAUCCCGACCAUUUUCAAUGCCCUUGCUGAAGGGAAGGAGGUUUCUCACACACCGAUGAUGAUACCUGGCCCCUCCAUCGUCCCCUUUGAUGCGGUGAAGUUGUCCGUCCCCCAAAGCAUAAUGUUUCCAUCCUCCUGUUUUGAUGGUGGGGAUGGUGUUCGUGGGGUCCCUAUAGGCAGCAUUCCACCUCCUCCAAACAUGGCGAGUUGAUUGAUGCCAAAGAGCUCGAUUUUGGUGUCAUCGACCACAACACUUCCCCCCAGUUCUCCUCUGAAUCAUUCAAUGUUCAGUGGCAAACUUCAGACCGGCCCUGUAUAUGGCUUUCUUGAGCAUGGGGACCUUGUGGGCGCUGGCAGGAUUUCAGAUACCUCACGGCGUAGUGUGUUACCACUGUUUUCUUGGUGACUAUGGGUCCCAGCUGCCUUGAUAUCAAUUGACAGAUCCUCCCGUGUAGUUUUCUGGGCUGAUUCUCCUCACCGUUUCUCAUUAUCAUUGGCAACUCCCUAGGUGAGAUCUUUCAUGGAGCCCAGGCGCCUAGGGAGAUGACAGUUCCUUUUGUGUUUCUUCCAUUUGUGAAUGAUCAUCGCACACUGUUGUCACCUUCUCACCAAGCUCUUGGCGAUGGUCUGUAGCCCAUUCCAGCCUUGAUGUAGGUCUACAACUCUUGUCCCAUGACCCCCUAUGGGAGCAUCUUUGGUCUUGGCCAUGGUGGAGAUUUUUGAAUCUGAUUGCUUGAUUGCUUCUGUGGACCGUGUCCCUUUUUAUCAGGUACAAACUGGAUUAGGAGCACUCAACUCCCUUAAGAGUGUGCUCCCUAAUCUCAGCUCGUUACUUGUUAAAGACACUGGGAGCAGAACUCUUUCUGAUUGAGAGGUGAGAGGGGGGUUUUUCCCAAAAUACUUAUUUCCUUCCCUUAUUAAAUGCAAAUCAAAUUUAGAACAUUUUGUCUUGACAUGCGUUUUUCUGAUUUUUUUGUGUUAUUCUGUCUCUUACGUUCAAAUAAACCUACGCAUAAAAUUUAUAUAGCAGAUCAUUCUUUGUUAGUUGGCAAACGUACAAAAUCACAGGGAUCAAAUCUUUUUUUUCCCUCAUUGUAAUGUAUGUCUGUGGUCGUAUGUAUAAUAUAUUAUAUAUAUAUAUAUAUAUAUAUUAUCUAUAUAUAUAUAUUUAUAUAUAUAUAUAUAUAUUAUAUAUGUAUAUAUAUAUAUUAUAUAUAUAUAUAAUAUAUAUGUAUAUAUAUAUAUAUAUGCUGAGGAAAAAAAACAUAUGGUGGAUUAGAAGUGAUGCGACCAUUACAAUUGAUGGCAGUUACAAUCUAUGCUGCAACAUUAAAGCUGAUCUUCCCCCUAAAAAUAAAAUUAACACCUAGAAAAAUAACCAUGGAAUUACAGUUUGUUCAAGUUCAGCUAGCUCGCUGCAACGUGAUUGCACAUUUCUUGGUAUAUAACACAAAUGACACCUGCUCUCUAGUUUGAGCCACAGAAAACGAUAUGGGGGGAAAAGUUCGGUCACUCAACCCACUCGUCCAAUGACAACUCCUCCCAGCAGCUAGCUAACGUUAGGCUCUGUGUUUUUUACUUACUUAUAAUAGCUACAUAGAUAAGCUCGCCUAUUGCCCAUUAUGCUGAUUUUGAUCAUUGCUAGUUUGUUGUGUUGACGUUCCCAUCCUUGGUUACUACUUUCCGUCCAUUUUUUUUCUUCCUUAAUAUUGAGUCACAACUGAAACAGUCCUAAAUGGCUGCAGACACAUGUAACCAAGGCCAGCUGUGGUUUUUCCAACCGAUAGCAACAUUUGUUUGAACUAGGGCCUAAGAAAAUAUCUUGGUGGUGAUUCUAUUAGGAAUUCAACAUUGAACUGCAUUCCUCUAUUUGGCCAACAAUGCCUUACUCUAUUGUCAUGGAAUAUAUUUUUUUAAACACCUCUUAUGAAGUUGGUUUUGUAGCAUAACUGGUAUUGUAGUAUUUUUGACUGAUAUGAUGAUUGUCUUUUGUUUAUAUCUGCCAAGUAGUUAAAAUAAAUACUGUCAGUUCCACUUUAACUUAACCAGUCUGACAUUUAUUUGCCUUUAACUUCACCCUAGAGUUUUUCUGUUUUAAACCCCUAUCAAACUUAAUACUUAACUGAAUCCAGUAGGUAUUUGCCCUUAACUUAACCCUAGAGUUGUUUCUGUUUUAACCCUAUCCCAACCUUAAUACUUACUUAGCCAGUAGGUAUUAAUGCCUUAACUUAACCCUAGAGUUGUUUUCUGUUUUAAACCCUAUCCCAAACCCUUAAUACUUUAACUAAAUUCCCGUAGGUAUUAAUGCCUAAACUUAAACCGUAUCAAUGUUGUUUCUGUGUGCCUAAUUAACCCACGUUUGAUCCAAAGAAACGUCGGGAGAUGAAAGUCAGUUUUUACCUCAUCCACAUUAUACCGUUGUCCAGGACGUUGGAACAAUGAAUUCAGACUGGUGAAGAUAUCUUGUUGAGCCACCAGAGUGUUUGAGAGCCAUCCUCCACUCCUUAGUUCUGGUUAGCUAUGCAAAAAGCCCCGGACUGAUAGAAGGCCUGGGAUCCAAAAUGGCUGACGUAGCUGAAGACAGGCAGGACUUGGAAUGAUGAAUUUUUAGUGCUUUAAUUUGAACACAACAAGCCUCCCAAAGUUUUUUUAGCACAUUUUUUCAUUAGCGUAUUCUUACAUGUGGCUUUCUUGUACGAGCUUAAAGACAGCUGAUAAAUGUAAUAUCUUAUCUGAUUGGUGAUAAUAAAGAACAACCAAAAUAAACCACGUCAUCGCUCUCCGGAAUCAAAACUGAGAGAUGUUUCAAGUCCAAAAGAUCCAGUAGUCAGAACAGAGCAAGUUGGCCCAGUUGGCCCGUUCUACCCUUCCCUCAACCUGUGACAUACCAGGCAAUAGCACACUAGCUGCUAGCGAUCUCCCCCAUAACUGGAAAUAAGAUUAUUCUGAAUCCAGAGAGCUCCAGCGACCACGGUCCUCUUUGUCUUGGCCUGCCCAUUUGUUUGUGUUGGGGUCAGUGAAAUGCAGAUAGAGUAAACCAUUUCAUCAAGCUCUCCUCUUUUCUUUUUUCAUCUGCCUCUCUCUCUCUCUCUCUCUCUAUCGCUCUCUCUCUCUCUCCUUCUCUCUCUCUCUCUCUCUCUUCUCCUCUCUCUCCUCUCUGCUGCUCUCUUCUCGCCAAGUCUCUCAUCUCUCUCUCUCUCCUCUCGUGCCCAUCUCUUCUUCAUUUCUCCUCAAUCUUCUCUCUCGUCAUCCUCCUCUCAGCUCUCCUCAUCUCGUCUCUCUCCCUCUCUUCUUCUCUUCGAUCUGUCGUCGUCUCGAUCGUCCUCCUCAAAACGGCUCACUCUCUCUCUCAUCUCCUCUCUCUCUCUCUCUCUCUCUCUCCUUCGUUAUUUCCUUAUUUUCUUGGCUACACAGCAAGGCUGUGUUCAAUUUUCUCCUAACUAAAUGUUGUAUGGAGUCUGCACCUAUCUUGCUAGCCUAGCAGACUUGAAAACAGUAUUUAAUGCAGUCCUGCAGUCAGAAUCAGGAUUUUAGUGACUCACGUUUAGGACUUUGUCUUCUCUUUGUGUUACGCCCUUAAAUUAUAUCUGACCCAUUAGACCAAUCUUACACUGAGUGUACAAACAUGCUCUUUCCAUGACGUUGACUGACCAGUUGAAUCCAUGUGAAAGCUAUGAUCCCUUAUUGAUAUCACUUGUUAAAUCCACUUCGGUCAGUGUAGAUCAGAGUUCUUCAAUUCCGGUCCUGGAGGGCCGAAACACCUCUGUUUUUCAUCCUCUCCUUCUAAUCAGGGGCUAAUUCAGACCUGGGACACCAGGUGAGUGCAAGUGUUUCGGCCCUCCAGGACCGGAAUUGAAGAACCCUGGUGUAGAUGAAGGGGAGGAAACAGGUUAAAGGAUUUGUAAGCCUUGAGACAAUUGAGACAUGGAUUGUGUAUGUGUGCCAUUCAGAGGGUGAAUGGGCAAGACAAAAUAUUUAAUUGCCUUUGAACGGGGUAUGGUAGUAGGUGCCAGGCGCACCGGUUUUGUGUCAAGAACUGCAACGCUGCUGAGUUUUUCACAAUCAACAGUUUCCCGUGUGUAUCAAGAAUGGUCCACCACCCAAAGGACAUCCAGCCAUCUUGACACAACUGUGGGAACCGUUGGAGUCAACAUUGGCCAGCAUCCCUGUGGAACGCCUUCGACACCUUGUAGCGUCAAUGCCCCCGACCAAUUGAGGCUGUUCUGAGGGCAAAAGGGGGUGCAACUCAAUAUUAGAAGGUGUUCUUAAUGUUUUGUACACUCAGUGUAAUAGGCCUACAUCAUUAUCAAUACUAGCUGUAGUUUGUGCCAGUGUUCAAUGUUUGCUCUCAGGACCUUCCUAAAGAGCUAGUUUUCAUGCAGUCAAAAUACGUUUACAUGCACACAAAAAAUGAGGUAUUAAACUGAUUAUGGCCGAGUAUGGCGUUAGUCAUGUAAACACCUUACUCUGCUUAACUUAAAUCGGCAUGAGGUCAUAAACGAAGUAAGCAUACGCCGAUUAAAACACCUGGUUUUCUGACAAUCUUCAGAAUUACUAGGACAUGUAAAAAGCUUAUUCGGCGUUCAAGCACAUGUGCCAGCACCGGGUAGUGCCAGCACCGGGUAGUGCCAGCACUGGGUAGAGCCAGCACCGGGUAGUGCCUGCACCGGGUAGUGCCAGCACCGGGUAGUGCCAGCACCGGGUAGUGCCAGCACCGGGUAGUGCCUGCACCGGGUAGCCCAAGCCUCCCUCUUAUGCGUGAGUGAAGUGCAAAGCAUGUAAACGUUUAAGUGAACUAUUUUAUAUACCUGACUAUUUACAAUAAUCACAUUAUUGUGUGCAUGUAACCGUGGUCAUUGACUCUGAUCAACGCUAACCAGAAAAUAUGUUAAAUGCUUGAUUAAUUCCUUUUACUGUUUGAACAGAGUUAGAAAACAGAGAGCAUUUUGUCAUUUUAUCCAAGUGAUAACAUCGAGUUUAUUUCUAUUCAGUCUGCAUACUUUCAAGGAGAGAUCGAAUAUGUGAUAAUACAUGUUUAUUCUCCCGCUUGCAAUUUGCAUUCAGUGAUAGUAAUUUAACAAUGAUAGAUUUUUUGCCCCCUCACUUGUAAAAGCAUUGUAAUUUCUUGAGUAAUUACGGGUUAGGGUGCACCCUCAUCGACUACCUCCCUCGCACUCCCCGAAUGCCUAACGGGGAAAGCCUGUGUGUGUGUGCGCUUGCAUGCGUGUCUGCCUGCCUACAACUCAUCCAGAACGCUGCAGCCCGUCUGGUGUUCGACCUUCCCAAGUUCUCUCAUGUCACCCCGCUCCUCCGCACACUCCACUGGCCUCCAGUUGAGGCUCGCAUCUACUACAAGACCAUGGUGCUUGCCUACGUAGCUGUGAGGGGAACGGCACCUCCUUACCUUCAGGCUCUGAUCAGACCCUACACCCAAACGAGGGCACUACGUUCAUCCACCUCUGGCCUGCUAGCUCCCCUACCUCUACGGAAGCACAGUUCCCGCUCAGCCCAGUCAAAGCUAUUUGCUGCUCUGGCACCCCAAUGGUGGAACAAGCUUCCCCACGACUCCAGGACAGCGGAGUCACUGACCACCUUCCGGAGACACUAGAAACCCUAACCUCUUUAAGGAAUUAAGGAAUACCUGGAAUAGUAUAAAGUAAUCCCCCCCCCCCCCUUAAAAUAAUAAUUUAAAAAAGUGGUUGUCCCACUGGCUAUCAUAAGGUGAAUGCAUCAAUUUGUAAGUCGCUCUGGAUAAGAGUGUCUGCUAAAUGACGAAAAUGUAAAUGUUAUGCAUGCGCACAGGUGUGUGUGUGUGUGUGUGUGUGUGUGUGUGUGUGUGUGUGUGUGUGUGUGUGUGUAAGCUCCUCGCACUACCUAGUAAGCUCCUCGCCCGUAGCUCCCCGUUCAAUAAACAGUUAGCCGAUAUGGCUUUGUGUGAUUGGCUGGUGAAGAGGGAGCAGAAGAGGUGUCUGUAGGUCUCUGAUUUCACUAGUCCUUACAGAACAGAUAGGCUCGGGGCGUGUUCAUUGGAUGUCUUACCUCCUUUUUCGCGGUAAACGGCCAAAAAGGCAGAUGGAAGUUUGAGAUUUUCGAAUUCGUUUUACAUGUUGUCCGGAGGUCUGUUAUCUCAGAGCCAUUGUCAAUACAAUAAUCUCUGUGGCGUGUUUUCCCACCACAACUACUCAAUCGGUGUACACACCUAUCAUGAUGUUGCCAUUCCAGCAACAACAAAAAAUAAUUAACUAGACAUCAAACCCGUUAUUUUGCUUUGAGAUCGUCAAAAGUCCAUAUCCCUUGGUCUUCAAGACAUUUUUAUGGGAGGUUAGACACACUUUUAAAAAACGAUCAAGGUAAAUAUUUACAGCUAAGAGAGAGAGAGAGGGAGGGGAGUGAGAUAGAUACAGUAUAACUGCAUGUUAUGUUCUCUCCAGACCCAGUCAUCCAUUCUGCAAGCGUGCCCCGACUCAGCUAAACAUCUCUCUCUCUCUCUCUCCUCUCUCUCUCUCUCUCUCUCUCCUUCAUCUCUCACGCUCUCUCUCUUCUCUCUCUCCCUCUCUCUCUCUCUCUCUCUCUCUCUCUCCUUCUCUCUCUCGUCUCUCUUGCUUCCUCUUUCUCUCUCCACCAAUCCUCCAUCAUCUCUCUCCUCUCUCCUCUCUCUCUGUUUGUCUGUCUGUGAUCAUUUCUUUGUGCUUUGACUUAUUUCUAACACUACCUUUUUCUUUUGGGUUUGGGUCUUUGAAUCAAGCAGUUACUGGACCAAGUCGGGUUGUCAUAGUAAAGAGACAGGCAGCAGAGACUAAGCAAACACACACACACACACACACACACACACACACACACAUCACGCAAACCCACACACACAUACACCAAACCACAGCAACCCACCCACACCACAUGCAAACACACACACAACACAUCAAACCACACACACACAACACACUCAAACAACCAUACACUCAAACACACUCACCACCACACUCAACCUCACACACGACUCAAACACACCACACACCUACAAAUACCCUCUAACACACACACACAAACACACGCAAACACACAUACACACACACACAGACACCCUUUAAUUUCACCCAGUCCUCCAGCCUCCCUCUCUCUUUCUGACAAGACCGGCAGACAAACGAUGCCUUAGUGAGGGAGAUAAAUACUCAUGUACCCUACUGGCCAAACAUGAUUACCUCUCUAUCUCUAACACAAUCUCUCUCUUUAUCUCUAUGUCUCUCUCUCUCACACUCUCUCUCCUAUACGCCUACAAGCCUCGUCUCUCCACAUGCACAGAGACACAGAGAGAGAGAUAAGCAGGUCCUUUCUCUGCAGCAGACGCCCCUUAGCCUCUGGUCUAACUCAUCCUUUGAACGUUGUCGAAAGCUCGGGGCAACGUGAUAAAUGAUGAUUGCUCUGUCUCUUUGUCUGUCUGAGAGGAGAGGAAAUACUGAGGAAAUAGAAGUGCAGUCUGAAAUUAAGGGAUGGAGGGAGAGAGUGGAAGAGAGAGGGGUUGAGGGAGAGAGAGAGGGGUUGAGGGAGGGAGAGAUUGGAAGAGAGAGAGAGAUAUCGGGAGAGGUUGUUUGUCUUCUCCUUCCCGUCGAUCGUCUUAGUCCUCUUCUACUCAGACAUGGCGAGUUCUCUCUUUCUCGAUUACGUCCCUUCCGUUGCCCGCGCUGUCGAUAGGUAGAGCUCUUUCCCAGCUUCGCCCUGAUACAAUAGAGUAUAGUGAGGGUGGGAUUGACAGAAAGACAGGAGAGGACGGUGAGGGUGAAGUUGACAGACAGAUAGGAGAGGACAGUGAGGGUGAAAUUGAGAGACAGAAAGAAGAGGACAGUGAGGGUUAG